CAGGCGGCGCCACUCUCGCUAUUGCAGACAAAACUGCAGUCGCGCACGUGUAUCCGUUGAGUGAACGCCACGCGGUCAGAGCCGGUGAUUAUCUGUGUGCGUGUGUUUCUUCCCUCUUUGCCGUUUUCACACGUGCAUCAGGCGUGUAUCGUUCUCGGUAUGCUCGUACUGUUCAGUACUUUUUCGGCUGUUAACAAGAAAGUGUCUGACGAACAAUAAUUUCGGGAAUAAGAAAAAAGCACGAUGCCGGACAAAGUUGCACCGGCCGAGAAACAGAUUUUAAAGACCGCGAAAACCAUCAACAGUGACAACAAAGCAGUGAAACUUAAAAAAGAACUCGGUCUAUUAGACGGUGUGGCAAUUAUCGUCGGCAUCAUCGUCGGCGCCGGAAUUUUUGUUUCGCCAAAGGGUGUAUUAGAGAAUAGCGGUAGUGUUGGCCAAGCUUUAAUCGUUUGGAUUUUUUCUGGUGUUUUAUCUCUGAUCGGUGCAUUAUGCUAUGCCGAACUAGGUACUAUGAUCCCAAAAUCUGGUGGUGAUUAUGCAUACAUUAGCGAUGCUUUUGGACCGUUACCAGCGUUUCUGUAUCUUUGGGUAGCAUUGUUCAUUCUUGUACCGACAGGAAACGCUAUUACAGCUUUAACAUUUGCACAAUACAUCUUACAACCAGUUUGGCACGGUUGUAUUCCUCCCUAUGCGGCAGUACGAUUACUUGCUGCUGUUAUUACGUGUUUAUUAACUGCCAUCAAUUGCUAUAAUGUGAAAUGGGCAACUAGAGUGCAAGACAUAUUCACUGGGACCAAAAUUUUUGCCUUACUGAUCAUAAUGGUCGCUGGAUUUUGGUGGCUUUGCAUGGGUCACACAGAAAAUUUUCGACAUCCCAUGGAUGGAACGAAUACACAGCCUGGCUACAUUGCCUUAGCCAUUUAUUCGGGCCUAUUCUCAUAUUCUGGAUGGAAUUAUCUAAAUUUUGUUACUGAGGAAUUAAAAGAUCCUUACAAAAAUCUUCCAAAAGCGAUUUGCAUAUCAUUACCAUUGGUAACUAUAAUUUAUGUUCUGGCGAAUAUUGCUUAUUUUGUGGUAUUAACACAAGAUGAAAUUCUGGCAUCGAAUGCUGUUGCUGUCACUUUCAGCGAUAAGCUAUUAGGCGUGAUGUCUUGGAUAAUGCCAGUAUUCGUGGCUUGUUCAACCUUCGGGGCGUUGAACGGAGCAAUUUUCGCAUCAUCACGAUUGUUUUUCGUAGGAGCUCGUAAUGGACAUUUGCCCGCCGCCAUUGCCCUUAUUAAUGUUCAAAACUUAACACCCACGCCUUCGCUUAUCUUUCUUUGCAUUAUCACCCUGGCACUUCUGAUCAUAGAGGAUGUCUAUGUGCUAAUCUAUUAUGUUAGCUUCGUUGAAGCACUAUUCACCACACUCUCGGUGUCUGGUCUCCUCUGGCUUCGUUACAAAAGUCCCAAUCGCGUACGACCGAUAAAGGUGUCAAUUUUAUUACCAAUUAUAUUUUUCAUCAUUUGUGCUUUCUUAGUAAUAUUUCCAUGCUAUGUUUCACCAUGGGAAGUUGGUGUAGGAGUGAUAAUCAUUUUAUCUGGCAUUCCAAUGUAUUUGAUAUUUAUUUAUUGGGAAAAGAAACCUAAAUGGCUUAUACAAUCGUCUCAUAAUUUCAAUAUGAUUUGUGCUAAAUUAUUCAUGUGCGUGCAAGAAGAAAGAAGUGAUUGAUCAUCAAUGUCCUUUUAUUAUAAUAUAUAGUUUUAUAGAUAGAAAUUUCUACAAUAUGAAUGUGUGCUGCAAUGACUUAUCAAUUUGUUCAUUUAUAAAUUUCAGAAAACAAUAAUAAUAUAUAAAAAAGAGUAAAACAUAUAUAAAAAACAAAUAAUCAUUUGAUUUGAUAUGAAAACAAACAUAACAUUCCAGUAAAAUCUAUGUUGUUUUUUUGUAAAAUUUAUAAAUGAACUUCAAUCAUACUUGAUUUGUAUUUUUACACAUAUGGAUGAUAUGUCUGUAAUUUUGAUUACCUAUGUCAAUUGAAAGAUUCAUUAUUUAUAUGCAUUGAUAAUUUUUUAUUAAUCUAUAUUCAUAAUAAUAUAAUAGCAAAAUAUCAUUCAUAUUUAAAUAUGAGAGAAUUAUCGCUUCUUUCAUUUUCAAUUUUAUUCAUUAAAUUUUUUAUACAAACUGUUUCAAAAUUGUAGGUAUAACAAAAUAAAUACCUAUAUUAAAAAAUUUUUAAAUAUAAAACGAAUAUAUUAAAAAACUAAUUGCUUAUUUAAUCAUAGAAUUUGUAAAUAUGAAUUAUUAUUCAAAACAAAUAAAAGAAAAUAUGAAUAUUAAGAAAAAUUUAAAAGUAAAGAGAUAUUUUAAAAAUUAAUUAUUUAAUACUAUGAUUAUGAAUGAAAUAUAUUAUUUUUUAUUUUUAUUUUUAUUUUUUCUUUUAAGAUAGACUAGUAAGUUUUAUUUUAUUGAAAAAAAAAUUGUUGAUUUUGUUGUAAUUUCUUAUAAAUAUCCUUAUAAUUUAUUUUAAGUAAACCUACAAUUUUUAAGCACUUUGUAUAUAUAAUCAUGAAAUUGUUUAUUGCAUCUUCUAGAUAAUACAUACAAUAUAAAAUCAUAAGACUGCAAGAAGUAUUCAUUUUAUAAGAAUAUAUGAGAUCUAUCUUGUAUAUUGGCAAAAAUUAAAUUAAAAAACAUAAUAUUAAUAAGUAUGCAAUGAAAUUUAAAUGAUAUAUUUUAGAUCAUUAUUUUAGAAAUCUUUUGAGCACAAUUUUUUUGAUAAAAAUUUAGGAAAUUUCUUGAUAAAUAAUUGUGAAUAUUACAUCUACAAUAAUGAAAAUAAGUACACGCAUAAUAAUAAUAAUAUAAAUAGUACAAUCUUAAUAUUUAAACUAUUUAAUUGUAUAUAUAAAUUGAAUUACUAUUUUAUUCAUUAUAAUAUAUUUUUUGAUUAACUAUCUUAUUCAAUAGAUAAACGCCAUAAGCGUGAUCGAUAAGUGAUAAUAAUUCUUAAAUAUCUUGUUUCUUUAUUAUAUUUUGUUGAUUCUAUUUAUUAAUAAAUUAUUUAUAAGAUGCUCAAAAAAAAUAUGCUAUAAUUUGAAAAAUAUAUUUUGUAAUUCAUGAUUUUAUUUCUACUAUUGUAGAAAUAUGUAAUAUCAUAUCUGGUCAAAUUUUGCAUUUAAAAAAUAAAAAAUAUAACGAUAUCUUGCAUAUUAUAUUAAGAAUACUAGAUAUUUUAUACAAUGUAAAAAAAAUUUUACAAAGAGAUAAUAUUUUAUACUGUAUAUUACUGUAUCGAAUAUUUAUAGAUUAACAAAUUUAAUUUUCUAUUAUUAUAAUAUCUUUAUUAGCCUUUUUCUAAAAAUGUAUCAGUUUUAAUUAUAAUGUAUGUAAUUUAAUGAAUAAGUUUUUUAAAAAAAUGAAAUAAUUUGUUACAAUUUUUAUUGUAACUUUGUUAAUAUAAUAUAAGUUUCUUUUUGAAAUAUCUUUAAAUAUUUCUAUACCAAAAACGAUUGGCUAUAGCAUUAAAUGUAUUCAAAAAAUAAUGAUUGAUGAUGUGCCUUAUGUAUAACGAAAUUCUGAAUUCUACAAUUAUUGUAAUAUAAUUUUCUAAUAUGACUAGAUUUUUAUUAAAAAAUUAAAUAUAACAAUAUUAAA